AUGCUGCGACAGAAAGCGCUGCGGAGUCAUGUGGAACGACCGAGUCAUAUGGACCUAGAUGACCCUGUUACUGCUUUAGAGGCUGCUGGAUCUCAGGUUUCCUGUUCUGAUCCCGUUCAGUUGUGGGAGGCUGUUCUACAGACUUUGGGUUCCUCAGUCUAUGUGCCAUAUGUCCACACGCUUCUGCUGAUCCAGUGGAUGCUGUGGCUCAUGCAGUGCCAGUUAGAGAGAGUUCUUACUCUUCUGAUGCAAACUGAUCACAAGAGAGAGCGUUCAGCACCUGUGAAUCUACAGACAGAAACCCGAAACCUUGCUUUGAGCAUGGAAGAAGACUCCUCACUAAUGGUUGCCAUGACAGCAAAGGACCUCAAGGAUCUUUUGCACAUAUGCACUGUAAUAUGUCAAGGGGUGAAACAGAUGAAGAUGGAAAAAUAUUCCGAGGCCCUUGACAUUUUUCAGGAGGCUAAAGGCCUCCCAAGACCCAGAAGUCUCUUGGCACAUAUCCACACUCUUACAGGCCAGAGUUUUGCUAAGCUGGGCCAGCCCCAUUGUGCUCUCCACUUUUAUAGGAAGGCUGUGGAGGUGGAUUGUGCUUGCCAUAGUGCACUUUAUCAAAGUGCUCUGGUGUUCAGACAGCUUGGCAAUCCAAAGGCAGAAAUGGAGGCCUUGCAUCUUCUUUACUCAGCAGUCCAACUGCAUUCUGAUAAAAGUUCAUCUAGUGCGUCACUGGUCUCUCUAGCUACGCUGCUUGGUGGUGAACAGAUGACCUUCAUUAGCAGAGUUCCUUCCCCCUCUCUGAUUCUGCACACUUUGGCUCACACAUGUGUGUUCAAUGGCAGUAUUUCAGAUGGUGUUGAGUGCUAUCUUGAUCUGUUGGCGUCACUGCAAUCAGAUGGCAAAGAUCUUAUACACACAGGGGAAGGUGCUUCUUUUCCCAGAAUCCCAGUGGUCUACCUUGAAGCAGGAUUUGCUUUAUUAAAAGCGAAACGUUAUAGUGAUGCUCUUGUGGUCUGUGAGGAGGUCAUCACCAGCACUUUGGACUUCAUCCCUGAGAGACUGCUGCUUGAUGCUGAUGAAAAACAAAAUGUAGCUGAUUCUGAUGUUGUUCUUGAACAUGUGGACUUUGUUUUAUGGGCUGGUGCAGCCCAUCUCCUUCAAGCACAAGCCCACUGGAAACUGAAGGACACCAAAGAGGUACUAAACAUUUAG